UCUAAAAAUCGUCUUCCUAAACCCUAUAUUCUCUUUUUUUUUUUUAUACAACAACAUCCAAAAAGAAAACCCCAAAGCCAGAAUCCACAAAACAUUCUCGAUUCUUCAUGUAUUCAAACCUGGUUUCCCUUUUGAUUAUACUGGUUUUUUGUUCAGAUUACAAAAUCUUCAUAAUUCCCAUGAAUAAAAAGUUACUAUAAUUUAGUUCAUUUUUAAAAAAUAGAAAUCCUAAAUUAUUGUUUUUAUUUUACCUUCUUUUUAUGGAGUCGAAUCCAGUGGUUUUCGAUAUAAGCUCCGAAGACGAUGAGGCGACGCCGGCUUGGGAGGAGCUAAAAGGGGAUGACUACAAUUGGUUUUCGGAAGCUUUGGAAGCCGUUGAUAAGAGAUUCGACGAUCCUGAUGAGGUUGUGGUGGUCGGGGAAGUAAACCCUAAUAAGAAGUCAAAGUCAUGGAACUCAUCGGUCAGGAAGGUUGUUGAUGAGGAUGACGAUGAUUGUGUCAUUUUGGAAAGUGACCCGGACAAGGCGUUGUCCGAUGUUAAUGAUCCCCAGGAUGAUUCUGAUGACUUGCUUAUUGUCGGCCAAAAAGGGCAGAUUGCGUGCAGAGAUUUCCCCCAUCCACGGCAUGAUUGUGCUAAAUUUCCUUUCAGUUCAACCUCACAUGAACAGCACUGUGAACUGUGCCAUUGCUUUGUUUGUGACACACCAGCACCAUGUUGUUAUUGGGGCUCAGGUAUGUCUAAUACCGAUCAUUGUCAUGCCACUAAUGAAGAGAUGUGGAAGACUCUGCGGAAGAAUUUCAGGCUUCAGAGCAAUGUUCCCAUACCAGUUGCAAAAGUUCCUCUCCCUUCUCAUUCUACAGCAGUGCCCCAACUUAACCAAGCUCCACGUCAUGGCCUUACUCGGUUGACAACACAAAAUCAAGUUUCUAGACCAACUCCAACUCGAGCUCCUGGAAACUGCAUACCACAAAAUCAUGCCCCAAGGCCAUCCAUAAUUCGUGCUUGUUCUUCCCCCACCAGAUAUGGGUUUCCAUAUAACCCAACCGUGGGUAGCCGACCUGUUCCAAAAAAAAGCACAGUGCAGCCACGGUCAGUGUCCAAGCAGUUGCUAGGUGUGCAUAACACUGGAAUUCGAAGGGAUCGAGGUAUUAUGAUUAGAAACUUGGGUUCCCAAUUUGUUUCUUCCAGCACAAUGUCCAAAAGACUUGACACUGAAGUUAGCUCAGCAAUGAACUGCACUACUACAUAUGUUCCAUCAGAAAACAUUACUUCUGCCCAUGCAUCACAGUAUCAACAAUGUCCUGCUUCAGUUACAACAUCAAAUGACACGAAUCCAGAUCCCAUUGGCUGGCCAAAAUUUUGUUCUGACACAAAUGGAACAUAUACACAACAGAGCUCCUCACAGCCUAGUAUGGGUAGUGUCCUUACAAACUCAGCAACCCCCCUACCCUCAGCAUACAGUCAGCCUGUUCCUCAGUCAAAUGUACACCAACAUGCCUAUCACAUUCAGAAUCAAAAUCAACCUGCAACAUAUAAUGGUUUUUCUGAUUUUAACUGUAAUUCGGUCAACAACAUUGGUCAAAUCAAUCAACAGUCUUCUGUUGAUUAUUUACAGCUUCAAACCUUGGGGUCUAGAAAUGAGGAAGAGCCAUUCAAGGAGGUAAAUGAAGGAUAUAAGUCAAUUUUCAAAGAGUUUGAGAGCCUCCUUUUUGAUAACCCAUCUAUUCCUGAAGUUUCUCUUACUGCAGGACUUAAUCCAGUGCCCCCUGAUCAUAUAUCUCUUGAUACUGGUAUGAUUUUCUUUGAUAUUGAAACCACUUGGGAUCAUCUAACUCGUGCAUAGCUGAUUAUUAGCGUUGCUUGUUCAUUCUAAAAUAGUAAAUCCGGUCCUUGAAAGAGAAGUGACAGAUAGGUUUCUUUUUUGUAGGAUUGGUUUUGAAACUGUAUUAUAGAAGCUUUGAUGGUUUACACUUGUAUAAAAAUCUGCAGGUGCUGAAUGAUGUAGUAUACAAGCGGGUUGUGGCUAUCCAAUUUUCAAUAUUUAUGAAUUGAAAAGCAUUAGAUUAUUGCAUAUGAUUCUUGUUAGCAAUUUUCCUCUAUAUUUGACAAAAAAAUGCCUGGAUUUCAAAGUUUUCCAUGCUUUUCUUGAUGUUUUUUCUACAUGAGGAGGCUGGUUUGGUCUAAUAAUAUUUUUCAAAGCUGGAAGCAGUUAAACUUG